AAAAUCUUGAAUACAGGAUUUUGGAAGGCUAAAAUCUUAAAGUCAGCCAAAAUCUUGAAUUCAGGGUUUUGGAAAGCUAAAAUCUUAAAGUCAGCCAAAAUCUUGAAUUCAGGGUUUUGGAAAGCUAAAAUCUUACGGUCAGCGAAAAUCUUGAAUUCGGCAUUUUAAAAAGCAAAAAUCUUAAAUUCAGGUGUUUGGGAAGUUAAAAUCUUAAAGUCAUCCAAAGUCUUGAAUUCACUAUUUUGAAAAAGGUAAAAUCUUGGAGUCCGGAUUUUGGGAAUCUAAAAUCUUGAAGUCAGCGAAAAUCUUGUAUUUAGGAUUUCGCAAACUGGAUCUCUUUAAGUCCGCCAAAAUCUUGAAAAGAGGAUUUUGGAAGGGUAAAAUAUUGAGGUCAGCCAAAAUCUUGAAUUGAGACUUUUGCAAAGCCAAAAUAUUGAAGUCAGCCACAAUCUUGAAUUCAGGUGUUUGGAAAACUAAAGCCUUGAACUCAGCCAAAAUCUUAAAUUCAGGUCUUUGGAAAGCUAAAAUUUUAAGGUCCGCCAGAAUCUUGAAUCCACUAUUUUGAAAAGGUAAAUCUUGAAGUCAGGAUUUUGGGAAGCUAAAAACCUGGAAGUCAGCCAACAUCUUGUAUUCAAGAAUUUCGAAAGCUAAAGUCUUGAAGUCAACCAAAAUCAUGAAAUCAGGAUGUUGGAAAGUUAAAAUCUUCAAGUCAGCCGAAAUCUUGAAUUUUAGGAUUUUGGAGAGUUGAAAUCUUGAAGUCAGCCAACUUCUUGAAAUCAGGAUUUUAGACGGGUAAAAGCUUGAAGUCAGCCAAAAUAUUGAAUUCAGCAUUUUGCAAAGUUGGAAUCUUGAAGUCAGCCAAAAUCUUGAAUUUCAGGAUUUUGGAGAGUUGAAAUCUUGAAGUCAGCCAACAUCUUGAAAUCAGGAUUUGGGAAGCUAGGGUCUUGAAGUCAACAAAAAUCUUGAGUUUAGGCAGAAACUCAUAAGGGGUUGAAACGUGUAACUCGCGUUCAAUGCUCGUGAAUAUUCAAUUUUACCAUAUUUGGAAACCUUAGUGACAGAUAUCCAUUUUGAACAAAUGGCUGCCGCUUGAUCACCAUGUAGAUGUUUUAAGACAAGAGUUCUGCAUUUCAAGUUUAAAAAUGCACCGUUAACAGACAAAAAAUGGAAAGAGAAAGUUCAAAAGAAUGCUCAGCUUUCUUUUUGUGGAGGAAGGGAAGCUUUUCAUCAAGAAAUCGUCCUUCGAGGAAUUCAACCUUGUUUUCUUCACGACGAAGCGCAUGGUCUGUUUUGAAAUGCAACCAAGGGAGUGAAGUUUUUGCUGAAUUUUCAGGUACAUUUUGCACUCUAUGGCCAAGACAAUUACGCUUUUGAAAGGGAAUUUAUUUAUUUUUAAAUGUUUCAUAGACGUUUUAUAAAUUUUUCUCUUCGGCGCUAAAGAAAAAUUACAAAAUGUGCCCCGAUUUGAGAUGGAUUUUGUAUUGAAUUUUGCCAUGUGCUCAGUCGAUUUCACUUGCGUUAACGGAUCCACGAUCCAGAUAAUGUUUCCCGAAUUGCUUUAAAGGAUUAACCUUUUGGGUUUUGAAUAAAACUCUUCACGAAACGGCUUCCCUGUCUAUUUGUUUUGACUUUGUUCAUUCAUAAAAUUAGCUCAAAACACGAUCGUGACCACAUCCAAGCUGAAUUUAAGCUUAAAGUGACAAGAAUGAGUUAAAUCCUUUUCACAUUACUUACACGCAUCACUUUUUGCAAAGAUGUCAGGUUCAGGUUUUGGACACUUUUCGAUACGCAGCUAAUGAAUUUUUUUUCAAAAAUAGUUUUUACUGUUUAUUCUAGACUAGUAAUAUAAGAAUUGCAGUAUAAGUUUACUGUGCAGAGGGUCAACGAGGCAUCGUUUUUUGAAGUGACAACUUCAAGAAGUUGCGAAGACGUCAAUGGGUUUCAUAAUGUUACGUUUGGCCCGGGUGGUAAGGCAAUAAUAUCCUGCUCGGUAGUUCGGUAAUAUUCCUGGUUUCAACCUUUGAAAGCUUUCUCGGCUUUCAGGAGUUUUUCCCCCGUUUGUCGGCCAUUUUUUUAAGCGGGCGCGGGAACGUAAAGUAAGAUUACGUCACGUUGUUUACAAAGUUUGAUUGGUCAGUUAUCUCUUCUUCUCGUUCCAAAUAUGGCACUUUUCAAAAUGAAUAAUCACGAGCAUCGGACAAAACAAACAAAUGAGAGUUACACGUUUCAACACCCUAUUGAGUUUCUGGUUUAGGACAUUGGAAAGUUAAAAUCUUGAACUCUGCCGAAAUCUUGAUUUCAGGAUUUUGGAAAGUUAAAAACUUCAAGUCAGCCACAAUCUUUAAAUCAGGAUUUUGAAAAGCCAAAAUCUUCAAUUGAAGAGUUUGAAAAGCUAAAAUUUUGGAGUCAGCCAAAAUCUUGAAUUCAGGAUUUUAAAAAGCUAAAGUCUUGGAGUCAACGAAAUUCUUAAAUUCAGGAUGUAAGAAAGUUAAAAUCUUGAAGUCAGCCGAAAUCUCGAAUUCAGGAUUGUGCAAAGUUAAAAUCUUCAAGUCAGCCAAAGUCUUAAAAUUAAGAUUUUGGAAAGCUUAAAUCUUCAAGUCAGCCAAAAUCUUGAAUUGAGGCUUUUCUAAAGCGAAAUUUUGAAGGCAGCCACAAUCUUGAUUUCAGGUGUUUGGAAAGCUCAAAGCUCGAAGUCAGCCAAAAUCUUGAAUUUAGCAUUUUGGAAAGCUCAGAUCUUGAAGUCAGCCAAAAUCUUGAAUUCAGGAUUUUCAAAAGCUAAAAUGUUGAAGUCAGCCAAAAUCUUGUUUUCAAGAUGUUGGAAAGUUAAAAUCUUGACGUCAGCCGAAAUCUUGAAUCCAGGAGUUUGGAAAGUUAAAAACUUCAAGUCAGCCAAAAUCUUCAAAUCAGGAUUNCUCAGAUCUUGAAGUCAGCCAAAAUCUUGAAUUCAGGAUUUUCAAAAGCUAAAAUGUUGAAGUCAGCCAAAAUCUUGUUUUCAAGAUGUUGGAAAGUUAAAAUCUUGACGUCAGCCGAAAUCUUGAAUCCAGGAGUUUGGAAAGUUAAAAACUUCAAGUCAGCCAAAAUCUUCAAAUCAGGAUUCUAGAAGAGUAAAAUCUUGAAGUCAGGCAAUAUCUUGAAUUCAGUAUUUUAAAAAGCGAAAAUCUUGAAGUUUUUGGAAGCUAAAAUCUUGAAGUCAGCCAAAAAAUUGUGGUUUCACAAAAUCUUAGAUUUAGGGUUUUAAAAAGCGAAAGUCUUAAAUUCAGGUCGUUAGAGAUCUAAAAUCUGGAAUUCAGUAUUUUGAGAAGCUAAAACCUUGAAGUCAGCCAAAAUCUUUAAUUCAAUAUUUUGAAAAGCUAAAAUCUUAAAGUCAGCCAAAAUCUUGAAUUCAGGAUUUUGAAAAACAAAUAUCUUGAGGUCAGCCAAAAUGUUGAAUUUAGGAUUUUGAAAAAGAAAUAUCUUGAGGUCAGCCAAAAUGUUGAAUUUAGGAUUUUGGAAACCUAAAAUUGUAAAGUCAGCCAAAAUCUGGAAUUUAGGAUUUUGGAAAGUUAAAAUCUUGAAGUCAGCCGAAAUCUUGAAUUUCAGGAUUUUGCAAAGUUCCAGUUUUGAAGUCAACAAAAAUCUUGAAAUCAAGACUUUGGAAGCGUAAACUUUUGAAGUCAGUCAAAAUCUUCAAUUCAGGAUUUUUAAAAGCUAAAAUC